AUGGACCGGGAGCUACAGCCUACCCAUCGAAGAGACUUCGUUCAACUUCGGAUCGACCGAACGCAUCCGGCGACGGAACCGCACCGGAACCGCCCCCGAACACCUUCCCAGGAGGCCGGCCGCUACCGCCCCGUCUUCCUGCGCGUGGGGCAGCAGACGGUGCGUGUGCCCAACUUCCGGUCCAGGGACAGCGCCAAGUGUGCACUCUGUGUGCCAGAGGCCCGGGUUUUUCGGGAGAUCCAGUCUCGACGGCCCCAGAUCAUCGCAGCGUUCCAGGAGUCUCCGAGUGAGUCACUGACGCGGGUGUGCUCCACGGGGCUGCGCUCGGAGGUCUCGAAUGUACAGUGGAGCCACAAGGGCGGCGGGGUCUUCUUGGCUGGUGAUCUUCAACUCAGCGUGCAGACCGGCGAGCUGUUGUGGCGCGAGGAUGGGUUGAAGCCGUUGCCCGACUCCAUGACCCGCUUCGAGGACUUUGAGACGAUCUUCGGCGACGCGUCCCUGCAGUGCGGCGUGGUCUGUCGCACGCAGCACCGGCUGUGGGUGCAUCUGGUGGGCCGGAGCUUUGAUCUGAUGGAGUGGAGCCCAUCUCCGCUGGCAGCCUUUAAGCAAGGCGCCGGUGGUCCUCAAGAAGCUCCUUCCAGCGCGCGCUGCGGGCGCUGUGGGCAGAGCAACGGCUGCUGGCAGUGCGAGCGUUGUACUAUGAUCAAUUGCAAGCUGGAGACCUCCGCGGACAGCUGCGUGGCCUGCGGCGGCCCCUCGCCCGGCGGCGAGGAGAGUGGGCCUCCCUUGGGGCCCAUGGGCUUUGGGCGAGGUGCACGACGCCCGAAAGUGCAGCCAGUCACGGAGGGCGUCUUCCUGGGCGAACGCUUCUCGCGGCCGCUGGAUCUCUAUGCCGACGAGGGGCCCUCCCUGCCAGACCCGGAGAGUUGGCUGCUGGAUGUGCUGGUGCCGGUGCUCUUGGAGCUAUUCCCCUCGGACCCGGAGGACCGCCGUUUGCGCUACCAGCUGCUGUUGCCAGAGAAGGUGAGCAGUGCAAACGACACAGAGAUUCGGCUGCUGGGCUUUGAUCAUGGGGUGAACCCCAAGGAAGAUCAAGGUGUGCCCCUUGCUCAGUCGAAGGAGGAGGAGCAACAGGCGGCCACGUGGAAGGAAGUCUUGGUCUCCAAGACCCACGAAGUGGUCUUGGUCUUCAACUUGGUGCCCCAUGGUCGUCGCUUCUAUCGGUCUCUGGUCUUCACUUCGAAGUCCUCCUUGGGACUGCACAACCUGCCCUUGGACACCCCAGACGCUCAGAAGCUUCCCGGUGCUGCAGGAUCGUUUGGGGAGAUGCGCCGGCAGGAAGGGUCUUUGUGCAUCCGGCGGCUCAACAAGGAGUUGGACAAGCUCGGGGAAAACUAUGUCUCGCCUCGCUUGCUGCGUGGGGUGGUCCCAAGCGCCCUACUGGAAAACUACAGCUUUUGGGAGGGCGAGGAUGGCCUGCUCCGUGGGGAGCCCAGCGAUGAUCAGUCCACCUACUUCUCCAAGAAGCUGCAAAUCGAGCUUCAAGGCGGCGCUUCGCCCUGCACCGCUGUGCGCUUUCGCAUCACGCGCCUGGCCACAGCGAAGUUCGCCCCGCCCACCCUGCCGCCGGAGCAGCGCGAGUGGCGCGGGCUCCGGCCGCCAGAACUGGCGCGCGGGGCUGUGGGCUCGGCAGCGCGGUCGGCACCAGUGCAGGAGGCGGAGGUGCUCCAACUGGCCGAGUUGGGCUUCCCCUUGGCAGCCUGCCGCCUGGCGCUGCAGGAAAGUGGCGGCUCCUCUGCCCGCGCGGCGGAGUGGCUCUUCGACGAAGGGAACACCUCGGCGAUCUUCGCAGCGGUCGAAGCGGAGGAUGCAGCCAUGGCAGUGGAUGAAGAUGCCCAGCUCCAGGAGGCCUUGCUGCAGUCGGAGGCGAUGGAGUGUGACGAGGCUCCACGUGUUGCAGCGGGCGAGCCGCCCCGUGACGAGGCGAACGCAGAGGUGGAUGGCCCCAAUCUGCUGCUGUUGGACCUCUUCGCUGCGGAAGAAGGCAGCCAGUUGGCCUCUCUUUGCCAGCUGCUCCUCCGCAUUGAGGACCUCUCGCAUGUGCUUGCUUGGGCAGGCAGCGCAUGGGAAGAACAAGCUCGACUGAGUCACACGGGUUCAGUUAGAGGUGUGUGUCUUCCAGUGUUGGAGACCUCCAACCAAUGAGUAGACUAGUCCUUCC